CGAGGAAAAAUAUUUAAUGCAAACAGAACAUCCGAUGAGUAAUGACAUGGGCAGUGUUAAGGAAUCUCACUAGAGACGUUUAUUUAAUGGAUUUAUUAGGAAUUAUCUCAUAAAUAACAAUUUCAAGAGACAGCUAAUCUCAUUUCAGCUAAACUAGACAACUAAAAGCUUCAACAAAAAAAAAACUUAGACAAGCCUAGACUUACACAUAAAAUGGUGAUAAAAACAUUUCCGGCUCUGCUGCGACGAAGGGGAUGCUUAUUCUUCGCAGCUACUAUUAUAUUAGUUCCUUUCACAGUUUUCAUACUCAUUGUUGGUCCUGAUUUGAAAAUAGAACAAAAUUUAUCGCAAAAGUUGGCAGAAUGUCAAAUGCGAGUUCAAUAUUUAGAAGCAAUGUAUCGUACGAAACAGGAAGAUGUAUCAAUUCUAUCACAAUAUUUAGGUUUAACAGCUGCAAAUAGUAAUACAAGCGACAACAAUAGUGUACUUUCAAAUUUCAAUAGCGUCCUCGAAUCACUCAGUCCCGAAUCGAAAGCAAUAAUAAAGAAUUUAACAAUGUCAUCACAACAACGAUUUUCAUCAUCAUUACGCUUACCAACAGCCUAUCACUUUUUACCACAUCUACUUGAUGAUCCAGCAUCAUCAUUAAAGCCAGCAUAUUUGCAAUCGAAAGGUAGAACAGGUGUAUCAAUAGUAUUAGGAAUUCCGACCGUUAAAAGAGAUAAGCAAAGUUAUUUGUUGAGUACUUUAGAUAACCUAAUAACGAACAUGGAUGAGGAGGAAGCGAAUGAUACAAUGAUUGUUGUAUUUAUUGGCGAAACAGAUCUCGAAUAUGUUACCGAAAUUGCGAAGCAAAUUCAGCAACGAUUUCAAGAAUAUUGCGAUAAUGGACUGAUUGAAAUAAUAUCCCCACCUGCCUCAUAUUAUCCAGAUUGGAAUAAGUUGAGAGUAACACUUAAUGAUCCCAUUGAGAGAGUUAAAUGGCGAUCUAAACAAAAUUUAGAUUUUGCAUUUCUUAUGGCGUACUCACAAAUUAAAGGAACAUUUUAUGUACAACUUGAGGAUGAUAUUCUCUCAAAGCGAGGAUAUAUAACAAUUAUGAAGCGAUUUGCUGUUGCAAAGACGAUAAAGCAAGAUCAAGAUCCAUGGUUUCUCAUCGAUUUCUGUAUGCUUGGUUUUAUUGGCAAAAUGUUCAAAUCAGCAGAAUUGCCAUAUCUCAUAACAUUUUUCCAGAUGUUCUAUAACGAUAAACCUGUGGAUUGGCUUCUAGAUCAUUUAAUUUCGACAAAAGUUUGUAACUGGGAUAAGGAUAUGAAACAUUGUAAAACUGAGAAAGCAAAACUUUGGAUUCACUACAAGCCGUCGCUGUUUCAGCACAUUGGUAUGACAUCGUCGCUAAAGGGCAAAGUUCAAAAGCUUAAGGAUCGACAGUUUGGUAAAAUUCCAGCAUUCUAUCCACACAAAAAUAAUCCAGCUGCACAAGUACGAACACAAAUAAUGCCUUACAAAUCAUAUACGUUAAAUAAAGCUUAUACCGGAGAGUCAUUCUUCUGGGGAUUGUUGCCUCAGUCGGCCGAUUAUUUAGAAUUUAUUUUUAAUCAACCAACAGUCAUUAAAAAAUACCUAUUUAGAAGCGGAAACCAUGAGCAUCCGUCAGAUAGAUUUUAUAAUACAACAGUUGAAGUUUUACCGGACCAGUUGAGUGAGGAGUCAAUUGUGUGGCAACAGUACAAUACAACAACUGAUGGAUAUUUAAUUAUUGGAGGCUUUAAUGCAUUCGGCAUUGCGGAAGGAAACGUUGAUAGUCGAAUGGGAAAGUUAAGAGAAUUGAGACUGCAUGUUCAUAGCGAGAGUGAGAAUUGGGUUAUUUUGAGUGAAAUUUUUCUACAGGAUGAUAAGACUACAAGCUGACAGAAUCACUGAGACAAAAGUGCUCUGUCGAUAUUUUUGCUGGAUAAAUUAAUGCUAAUCCUCCAAAGAUUGCCACAUAGAUAAAACUAAAGUCUUAUUUUUUGUUAUUUUGUUAUAUUAUAAUGCGGUAGAUCUAGCUGAUGCAGAAAAAAAAACAUUUUAUAUAGCAAAGUCAUUCGGAGAAGCAGAGUAAAUCCAUUUUUUAUUGCAUAUGCAACCGUUUAAAGCAGAAACUCACCCAUUGAUGAUUGAGGGGAUGAAGCAGCAUUAUACUAUUUAAAUAAAGAUAUUAUAUACAUAAUGAAUGUCCUUUAUAACUUUCAUAAUUACUUGAUAUGCAGCAUAGUUGUAAGUUGUUUUUUUGAUUGUAGAUUCAAGUUUUGAACUUUUGAUUUGAUCUUGAAAUUGAGUUGUUUGAACUUAAGAGACCUUACUCUUGCACCUUACGCAACUACACAUAGCAAGAUACCACUCUAUUCUAACAGUACAUACAGUAUUAAAGAUAAACUGGGUCAAAAAUACACAGGAAAUGUACAAAAGUUCACAAAAUAGUUUUUAAAUCAAAGUUUGCUAAAAUGCAAUCACAAUCAACUCAACUCGACAGUCAUUC